UGCGCUACAGCGCGCAGAGUUUCAUCCUUCUCAUACUCGUGUCGGCACCCGUCGCAUAAGCAUAAGCAUAUCGGCGGUGAUAUCAAUCCCGCGAUGCAGGCGCCGUACGGCGGGUUGCCGCCGAACGUGCAGGCGCAACAAGCAUCGCAGCAGCAACCGAGACGGUAUGAUGGCACGAAUGGUAUGCCCGAGUAUGACACCAAGCAUGGAGGACACUACGGCGCCAGUUCGUCGAUUGCGGCGGGAGGGAACGCGCCACCGCCGGAGACGUUCACGGGACAUUGGCAGAAUGUACGUCUGCAUGGCAUUGGCCCCGUCGCAUCUAUCAUAUGCUUGCUAAUGAUCUCGCAGGUAUCGCAAGGCUUGCAAGGACAAUACCGUGACAUCCUAAACACAUACUGGCAGAACCAGGUCACAAAGCUCGAGACGGAAGACCACGACUACAAACUCCACCAACUCCCGCUCGCCCGUAUCAAAAAGGUCAUGAAAGCCGACCCGGAAGUCAAGAUGAUCAGCGCCGAAGCACCCAUCCUCUUCGCCAAAGGCUGCGACAUCUUCAUCACGGAACUCACCAUGCGCGCCUGGAUCCACGCCGAGGAAAACAAACGUCGCACCCUCCAACGCAGCGACAUCGCCAGCGCUCUCGCUAAGAGCGACAUGUUCGACUUCCUCAUCGAUAUCGUGCCGCGUGAGGACGCCACACCGCAGCAUAAACGUCGACCCGAGUACUCGGCUGUAGGCACGUAUGCCGUCCCGGACCCGGCAGCACAAGGCAGCGCCACAGGGCCCAGCGUCAUGGCGGGUGGCCAGGAACCGCCGCCGCAGAUGGGCGGACAGCCAGAAUACGCGGGGAUGGAGCAACAGCAUAUGCCCCCCCAACCACAGUAUCAACAGCAGACGGGUCUGUUCCCGCCGCCUGCUCCUCAGCAGCAGCAACAGCAGUAUGGCGGGCAGCAGAUGUUCGACCCGAGUAUGUAUGGCCAGCCGGCGUACGGGAUGGGCCAGAUGCAGCAGAUGUAUCAGCCUGCGCCGCAAGGACACCCGGGUAUGGCGGGGUAUCGGCCGCAGGAGGGACAAGGUGCGUAUUCAGCAUAGCGCACAGAAAGUGGGUGGGAUGUAGCUGACUCGGAUUCCGUAUCAGGUGUAGACGAUCCUGACGCGGAGGGGGAGCAGGUGUAUGGUGGGACCGGCUAGGAGAGGACACCAUCACGCCGUCUCUUCACUUCAUCUCGCUUGUGCGCCGGCUGGAUUGAUCCUCGUGUCAGGGCUGCCUCUUCCUUGUCCGACGAUGAGUCGGAGAGCGACGGUUGGGACUCGGAAGGCAGCGCUUGUCGAGAGUGAGAGUGAGAGUGAGAGUGAGUUAGGAAUUACGGACGAGCGAGCUUCCCACGUGCUUGGAAUUGAUCGUUUACCUUUGCUGAGACUGCGGAUUGUAGCGAAUUAUGUCGUGUGUAGCUCUUUCUAUAAGCGGACAGAUGCCGAUUCCUGGCACUCUUCCCAUUCAGGCGCC